AAUUUGCAUACUUGCUCGAUUUUUCGUAGCUACCAUUGAGACUUUACUUUCGGUUCCGUUUUCCUGUGGAUUUUUGUACCUUGACCAAUCCGCCCACAAUGGUUACGAUCGAGCAAGUACGAGCCUCAAACGCUCAGAUAGCAAAGUCGCUUCCACCCGGACUGGUAGCCGUCUUUGUCGGAGGUACCAAUGGCGUUGGAGAGGUGACAGUCAAACAAUUUGCCAAACACGCUGUUCGUCCACGAGUUUACAUCAUCGGAAGGUCCAAAGAAGCCGUCAAUCGCAUCAUCUCCGAGUGCAAGGCGAUCAAUCCCGAUGGAACUUAUAUUCCCAUCUUGAAGGAGUUGAGUCUGCUGAAGAACGUCGACGAAGUUUGCAAGGACAUUCUGGUCCAAGAGACGCACAUCAAUCUGUUGCUCCUCACGAUUGGCACGCUGCAAGCUGGGCUCAAAACGGCCGAGGGCCUGCACUACGCGGCAGCACUACUUAUCUACAGUCGCAACCGCUUCAUCAGCAAUCUUCUCCCCGCCAUCGAGAGAGCACCACAUCUCAAGCGUGUGAUCAGUGUUUUCCUCGGAUCCAUGGAAGGCAAAAUCAACAUGAGCGACUUCCAAGGCUGGAAUCUGGGUUUGAUGGAAAACAAAGGUCAUGCAGCUUCCAUCACGACUUUGGCAUUGGAGAAUCAUGCUGCUGCAGCUCCAAAAACGACAUUCAUCCAUACUUUCCCUGGACCGGUGAAGGGUGGUAUACUCAGAGGCACGAAGGGCUUUGGCUUCGGGUUGGCCAAAGCUGCUUCCAAAUUCCUGUUGCCUCUUGUGCAGAUGCCUCCGCAGGACGCAGGAGACCGCCAUGUCUUUCUUGCUACAAGUGCGAGAUAUCCUGCCAAGGAGGAAGGGAAUGUUACACAAGGUGUCUCCAUCUCUACUGAUGUUGAUAACGUUGUCGGCUCGGAUGGUGGUCCUGGAGUCUACUCCUUGUUUCUGGAUGGGCAGGCGCUCAAACAACCCGCUAGACAGGUUUUGGCGGAGUACAGAAAGGAUGGCACAUUGCAGAAAGUAUGGUCGAUGAUUGAAAAGGAGUUUGUCAAUAUAGUAGGUAGCAAAUCCAUGUAGCUCGAGAUUCAGUCGAGUAGACGCAUCACGGUAAAAAUUCAGAUCCAUCUCCGCA